AUGCCUAUUGUGGAACAUCAGCAGCAGAUGUUUCUGGAGGUUGGUGUGAAGGUUAAACAAGAUUUAUGUUACUUAAGGAAUGGUCUAGAGUCAGCAACAUUGGCGUGCACGAUUGACAACCGGGUCACCCGGGUGGCCUGGCUAAACCGCAGCACCAUCCUCUAUGCUGGGAAUGACAAGUGGUGCUUGGACCCACGUGUGGUCCUCCUGAGCAACACCCAAACCCAGUACAGCAUCGAGAUCCAGAACGUGGAUGUGUAUGACGAGGGCCCGUAUACCUGCUCUGUGCAGACAGACAACCACCCAAAGACCUCGAGGGUCCACCUCAUUGUGCAAGUAUCUCCCAAAAUUGUGGAGAUUUCUUCAGAUAUCUCCAUUAAUGAAGGGAACAAUAUCAGCCUCACCUGCAUAGCAACGGGUAGACCAGAGCCUACGGUUACCUGGAGACACAUCUCCCCAAAAGAAGGUCAAGCCGUGGGCUUUGUGAGUGAAGACGAAUACCUGGAAAUCCAGGGCAUCACGCGGGAGCAGUCGGGGGACUAUGAGUGCAGUGCCUCCAAUGAUGUGGCUGCACCAGUGGUCCGAAGAGUAAAGGUCACCGUGAACUACCCGCCGUACAUUUCAGAAGCUAAGGGGACAGGCGUCCCCGUGGGACAGAAGGGAACACUGCAGUGUGAGGCCUCAGCUGUUCCCUCCGCAGAAUUCCAGUGGUACAAGGAUGACAAAAGACUGGUUGAAGGAAAGAAGGGGGUCAAAGUGGAAAACAGACCUUUUCUCUCAAAACUCAUCUUCUUCAAUGUCUCGGAGCACGACUAUGGGAACUACACCUGUGUGGCCUCCAAUAAGUUGGGCCACACCAAUGCCAGUAUCAUGCUAUUUGAACUAAAUGAGCCUACAAGCUCAACUUUGUUGCAAGAGGUGAAAACUACAACUUUGACCCCUUGGAAAGGCCCCGGCGCAGUCAGCGAAGUGAACAACGGGACGUCGAGGAGGGCAGGCUGCAUCUGGCUGCUACCUCUUCUGGUCUUGCACCUACUCCUCAAGUUUUGAUGUGAGUGCCACUUGCCUCACUGGGGAGAAGCUGCCGCCACGGCAACCACCCGCCCCACAGCAACGGCAUCUCCCACAGCAACAAGAGCACCCCCGUUUCUUAUGAGCUAGAAUCAAAUGAAAUUCCGGGACACAGAGCCUAAUGGGACACAAAUUCGAGGGAGGGGAACAAAGAAUACUUUGGGAAAACACGUUUAAAAGGGAAAUUGAAAAUCGCCUUGCAGGCCUUGCGGAUCCGUAGGCACAGCUGAGUUUUCUUUCUUUGCCCAAACGGAAAGAACGCGCGCCCGGCUUUGGACCCACCCACAGCUGCACUGGGACCUGUUUGUGACCAGGGUGGGCCGGGUGCAGCCACUCCACUCACUAACAUGCCCCCAGC